AUGGAAAACCCACCUGAAAAGGAAGUUGAACAAGUUGAGGAGAUGCCACUUCCAGCUGAAGAAAUAAGCAACCCACCAGUGCAACAGAUCAGAGCAAGCUCACGUGAAAGAAGCUUAACAGAGAAAGGUCGAGAGAUGCAUGAGCUCGAAGCAAAGAAACAGGAAAAGUCCUUCCAUAAGACAUAUGAGUCCUGGAAGCAGGCUGCAAGAGAGGCUAGAUCAAAUUUGAAAACAUUCUGUACACGUGAAGACCUGGAUCAAAUACAGCAGGACAUUCAAGGCAGACAUGAUUCAGUCUAUCAGCGAUAUGAACCAAUUCUGCGUAACCACACUACCACUCCAGAUAUUGUUAAACGUAUGGAUGCCUGCGCUGCACUAACUGCAGAGAUCACUGAUCUUGUCAGUAAACGACUGGAAACAUUUAAUGAAAGUUACAACGAAGAGCUUGUGAAGGAAAGAGUAAGGCAGGUGCUGAAUAAGGAUGAAUAUGGAUCCGUCUUUGGAUGCACAGUAACAAACACAGUCGUUUCAGAGUCAUCACUGGGAUCCGAUAACCAAUCAAAGACUUCUAAAGUCUCAAGUAAGCGUGCUGAUGCACAGGCAGAAUUCGCAGCGAAACUGGAACAAGCUAAAGCUUUACAAGAAAUUCACAAUCAACAAGCUAAGCUUGAUAAGAUGGAGCAUGACUGGAAGCUUUGUGAAUCGAGAAUGUUAGCGGAGAUAAAGCAGAAAGAGGCUGAAAUGCAGUUAAGGCUAGUUGAGGAAAAGAAACGGCUACAACAGCUACAAGUUGACAAAGAAGUUAAAGUUGCAGCAGCUCGUGUCAAAGUGUAUAACGAUUUGGAAGGCAACCUUCAUCGCUGUGAAGAUGACGAAGGCCCUAGCAUUCACACUGGCUGCCAAAGAACAGAGCUUACAUCUCAACUGAACCCAGAAGCACAGUCGUUCCUACCUCAGCAAGCAUCAUGUGAAGGAUAUGAAGUUACAUCACCUCAGGAAACUGCAAAUCUAGCUCAAGCAAUAGCAAACUCACUAAGCACACAUCGGCUGCCAGUUCCAGAACCCACUGUCUUUGUCGGUGACCCUUUAAAAUUCAUAGAUUGGAAGAUGUCAUUCAUGGCCCUCAUUGAUCGAAAACCUCUUCCUGCUGGUGAAAAAAUGUUCUAUCUGAAGAAUUACCUUGCUGGGGAAGCUCGCAAAGCAGUGGAGGGAUAUUUCUACAGAAACUCUGAGGAUGCGUAUCAAGGUGCCUGGAAAGUGUUACAGGAAAGGUAUGGGAACUCGUUCGUAAUCCAAAGAGCAUUUCGUGACAAGCUGAUGAGAUGGCCCAAAAUUGGAGCAAAUGACCCACUGGCAUUACGAGACUUCACAGAUUUCCUACAAGGUUGUGUCGAGGCAAUUCCUCACGUAAAAGGAUUAGCCAUCCUAAAUGAUUCUGAAGAAAACCACAAGCUGUUAAAGAAACUCCCUGAAUGGAUUGUGAGAAAGUGGAACCGAAUUGUGGUGGAAGAGCUGGACACAUCAGGUGACUAUCCAAGUUUCAAAUGCUUCACAGAAUUUCUGCAAAAGGAAGCAAAAAUAGCUUGUAAUCCUAUAACCUCUGCACUAUUUGUGAAUCAAAAGAACACAGAUGAAAGGUUCCCCAAGCGUGCUAAGGCUCUCAAUACAAAGGUUCAGGUGAAGGAAUUAAGCUCAAAAAGACCAGAGACGUACAACUCUAAGCCAAAGACAUCGUGCCUUUUCUGCAAGGAUGAAAAACAUCACAUUGCUCAAUGCACUACAUUUGCUGGAAAGACUACUGAAGAAAAGAAAGCCUUCAUUCAUGAAACCCACCUCUGUUUCGGAUGUCUCAGAAAGGGACACAUGAGUAAAGACUGUAGAAGAAGACAUACAUGUGGUACGUGUGGAAGAAGUCAUCCUACCUGCUUACAUGAAGAAAGGGAUAAAGCUCCUUCAAAGGACCCUAAAGGGGCAUCUACGAAUGUUCAAGCAAGUGAGGAAGUUCAUAAAGUCAUGACCCACGCACUCACUCAAUGUUCUCCUGCUACUUCCAGCAUUGUGCCAGUUUUCAUCUCUACAGUGGACGAACCCCAAAGAGAAGUAUUAACGUAUGCUCUACUUGACACCCAGAGCGACUCAAGUUUCAUCUUGGAAGAUCUUCUUGAAGGUUUGAAUGUUGUCUCACAACCUGUGCAAUUGAGGCUCAGCACCAUGACAGCUGCUGACACGAUCACUGCCAGUAAGAGAGUCUGUGGACUUAAAGUAAGAGGACUACAAUCUGCAUGUUCUAUACCACUACAGCAAGCAUACACAAGAGACUUCAUUCCAGUGGACAAGUCGUACAUUCCCACCAAGAACACAGCGCUUCAGUGGAGUCACCUCAGACACUUAGCAAGUCAGCUGUCACCACUUUUGAACUGUGAAGUCGGACUUUUAAUUGGAUUUGACUGCCCAUCUGCUCUAGCUCCCUUGGAAGCCAUAGUAGGUGGUGAGAAUGAGCCUUUCGCUCAAAGAACUGUGCUUGGGUGGAGUAUUAUAGGCCUGUCUAAUCCACACCUUGACCGACAAGGAAAUCAGAGCUUUGUCCACCGUGUUGCAGUAAAGGAAAUACCUGUCCCAUCGCCCAAUGAUAUCUUGAAAAUUCUUGAGUCAGAUUUCAAUGAGAAAGCUUAUGAGGAUAAAUGUGUGUCACAAGAGGAUGUUCGUUUCAUACAGCACCUCAGUGCCAAUAUUCAUCAGAAGGAUAAUGGACAUUACGAGCUUCCUCUCCCAUUUAAGUGCAGUAGCCGACCCUCACUACCCAACAACAAAGGGCUAGCAACUGCUCGACUACAACACUUAAAGAAACGGCUCAAGUCCAAUAAACAAUAUUAUGAUCACUACAAGGCUUUCAUGGAUGAGAUGAUCAUCCGAGGUGAUGCCGAACAAGCUCCAGCUAUAUCAAGCGGAGAGACGGUGUGGUACAUCCCACACCAUGGGGUGUACCACCCUCAGAAACCAAACAAGCUGAGGGUAGUAUUCGAUUGUUCAGCAAAGUUUCGUGGUAUAUCUUUAAAUGACACUCUUCUGACUGGGCCUGAUCUAACCAAUUCCUUGGUGGGAGUGCUGUGCCGUUUCAGAAAGGAGCCUGUUGCAGUUACCUGUGACAUAGAGAAGAUGUUUCACCAGUUUCUCAUCCCACCUAAUGAACGCAAUUACCUGAGAUUCUUAUGGUGGGAGGGUGGAGACUUGGAGAAAGAGCCUCAAGAAUAUCGCAUGGCAGUCCACCUCUUUGGUGCCACGUCUUCACCUGGGUGUGCUAAUUUCGGCCUAAAGUACCUGGCACAGCAGCACAAGGUUAACUAUCCUUCAGCCUCAGCAUUCAUUGAGAAGAACUUUUACGUGGAUGAUGGGUUAACCAGUGUUCCCUCAACCAGUGAAGCCAAAGAACUAAUAAUGCAAGCUCAAAGAGUGUGUAAACAUGGAGGUUUACGGCUUCACAAAUUUAACUCAAAUAAGGAAGACGUUCUGAGUUGUUUAAACCCGUCAGAAAAGGCAACAACAUCAAAGCCUCUUGACUUUAAUCUUGAAGCAACACCAGCUGGACGUGUACUCGGCAUUCAAUGGUCAACAAAGGAUGACACAUUCAGUUUCAGCAUCGACCUUAAGGAUCAACCUUUGACUCGCCGUGGUAUUCUGUCUGUUAUAGCCUCUCUAUAUGACCCUCUUGGGUUUGUCGCCCCAUUUAUUCUACAGGGAAAGUGUAUCCUACAAGAACUGUGUCGUAGAGGUACUGAAUGGGACAACGAACUUCCUGAUGACUUGCAUCCACAAUGGGUAGAUUGGAAAAAUGAUCUUCUAAAACUCAAGAAAGUAGUAAUACCAAGAUGUUAUCACCCACAUACUUUCAGUGACAUAGUCAGAACGGAGUUACAUCACUUCUCUGAUGCGAGUAAUGCAGGAUAUGGUGCUUGCUCCUACCUCCGCUUCAAAAAUGACAAAGGUGAAGUCCACUGCAGUCUGGUGAUGGCUAAAGCCAGGGUCUCACCUACAAAGGUCAUAAGCAUUCCCAGGUUAGAACUCUCAGCCGCUGUCAUAUCUGCCAGAAUGAGCGUCAUGCUGAAAAAUGAGCUGGAGAUGAAGAUUGACCAAGAGUUCUUCUGGACAGACUCGCAGGUCGUUUUAGCAUACAUUAACAACGAAGCCCGUAGGUUUCAUGUUUUUGUCGCAAAUCGAGUGCAGCUGAUACGAGAUGUCACAGAUCCUAGUCAGUGGUGUUACGUAAAUACAACAGAUAACCCUGCUGAUUAUGCAUCUAGAGGGCUUAAUGCAUCUGCCAUCUCUACAUCAAUGUGGUUAUCAGGACCCAAAUUCCUGUGGGAACAGGAAGUAAAUGCAACACCAUACACACCUGUGAACCUGCUUGUUGGUGAUCCUGAAGUUAAAUCAGUCCAAACCUUUGUGACCUCAGUCAGAGACGGAGCAGACAUCCUCAGUCGCUUAAGUCGAUUAUCUUCUUGGUCUAUGCUUCUGAGGGUGGUUGCAAGAAUAAACAGAUUGGGCCACAAACAGACAUACAACAGUGAUCAUGUGACAGUUGAAGAACGUGAGAGAGCUGCCAAGGUGGUCAUCAAGCUUGUACAGCAGCAAGCAUUCUCAAAGGAAAUGCAAAUAAUUGAAAGAGGAGAAGCCCUACCAAAUUCAAGCGCACUGUACCCUCUGGAUCCUAUUUUGGACAAUGGCAUCCUUCGUGUUGGUGGGAGGCUAAAACACUCAUCUCUCAGUCAAGAUCUAAAACAUCCUGUAAUACUUCCAAAAGGUAACCACAUCACUAGACUAAUUCUGUCACAUUACCACACAAAAGUUCAUCAUCAGGGAAGAAGCCAAACUCAAAUGGAGUUAAGAAUGAAUGGAUUCUGGAUCAUUGGAGGCAGUAAGUCCGUCGCCAAGUUCAUACACAAGUGUGUGCAAUGUCGAAAACUCAGACGACCAGCUGAAGAACAGCGUAUGGCAGAACUUCCCAGAGAACGUGUUGAGGUUUCCGCUCCAUUCGCUUACUGUGGUAUGGACUGUUUCGGGCCAUUUAUUGUGAAGAGAGCCUGUAAGGAGCUUAAGAGAUAUGGCCUAUUAUUCACUUGUCUAUCAUCUCGUGCAGUCCAUAUUGAAAUGAUUGAGGACCUUUCUACAGACUCCUUUAUCAAUGCCCUAAGGUGCUUUAUCAGCCUCAGAGGAGCAGUUCGCAAACUUCAUUGUGACCACGGCACUAACUUUGUUGGAGCUAAAAAUGAAUUUGCAAAAUCAUUAAAAGAGAUUGACACCAACGCCUUGGAGAUCUUUCUUACAGAAAGGCAAUGCGAGUUUAUCUUUAAUGCUCCUUCUGCAAGCCAUGCUGGAGGUGUCUGGGAGCGCCAGAUACGUACUGUGCGAAAUGUACUCAAUGCCACACUUGCUUUAUGCCCAGGCAGGCUUGAUGACGCAUCACUCAGAACGUUGUUCUAUGAAGCAAUGGCAAUUGUAAACAGCCGCCCUCUAACGGUAGAUGGGAUUAAUGAUCCAAAUUCACUCGAACCAUUGACCCCAAACCAUCUGAUAAUGAUGAAGUCUGAUGUUGCUCUUCCACCUCCAGGAAAGUUUGUAAAACAAGAUGUGUAUGCCACUAAAAGAUGGCGCAGAGUUCAAUACCUAAUUGAACAAUUUUGGAGUCGUUGGAAGAAGGAAUACCUUCUCAACAUUGCAGCACGUCAAAAAUGGCAUAUUCCUCGCCGUAACCUUCAAGUGAAUGAUGUUGUAAUCAUCAAAGACGAUAUGCUUCCCAGAGGUCAGUGGCAAUUAGGCCGAGUGGUGGAAACCAGUGAAGGAAGUGAUGGUCUUGUAAGGCGAGUCAAGUUGCAGUUAGGGGAGCGAAAACAAAAUCAACGCUCCAAGCCCACAGUCAUUGAAAGGCCCAUACAAAAAUUGGUGGUACUUAUUGAACAUGAGUAAUCAGUGACUGCUUUGUGAUACCAUUGCAUCAGACCAGGUAAUUAAGUUCUAUAAAACCUAACGUUUUAGACUUUACAUGCAUAUAAACAGUUUGAAGGCGGUCAUAUUGAUGUUCAGAAAUCAUGUUCUGAUUCAUUCACAGUUUGUUCUGUUCUUUCAUCAUCUCAUAAUUGGUGGGAGUGUAAAUGACCGCAAAAUAUGUAUGUGUGUGUGUCACUUUAAAUGUGUUGUGUGCGCGCACGCACGCUCUCUACGUAGCGCAAGCUGUAACGCAGGUAGAAGAGAGAGGCGCAGACGAAGAGCACAUGGUGGUUCCCACAUGCUGUUUAUUAAAGUUUGGAAAUAUAUAUUGUAAAAGUGGAUGCACUUUACGUUUUGGUUGAUUUAGUACCCUUUGGCAAGCGGAGCGAGUUUCACGGUGCAACAACGCAACGUUUCUCGAAGGCACGGUUAAUGGCGCUCGAAGCGAGCGAAAAUAAAAAGGAUUAAGCACCCGUCGAAACUCUCUGUCUCGUUUGUCGAUGCCAA